AUGAGUUCCACAACUAUAUCUAAGAAAAAAGCGGAGGAUGGCCAGCAGCAACAAAAUGCAGCAACCCCCAACACACCAUCGGAUUCUUCUUGGGCUUCCAACAGUACGAGUAAACAGCAGCAACAACAAAAAACAGCAACUACAUCAGCUUCUGCACAAAAACAAUCUCAACAACCUCCGCAACAAGCAAAGCAACCAACGACACCAUCAACACUCCCAACAACAAAUGCAACAGAAUCAAAACCUCAACAGCAGCAACAGGUUUCAGGCUCAUCUCCAACGACAACAAAUUCUCCAUCUCUAAAUCAAGAUCAAGGUCGCCCAUCAUCGAGAGGUGUCACUUCAUCUCAAACUCCUGCGAGUAAUAAGCCCCCUACACCAUCGAAAGAUGAGCGAUCAACCACACCUAAUUCCAUUGAUCAAAAAGCAAGCGUGAGUCGACCAAGCUCUGGUAGGGAAGUUUCAAAGCCGUCCACUCCAAAUACAAAUACUCAAGACUAUCAACAACAACAGCAACCACUUGCUCAAAACCAAGAGGAUCCAAACUUGGCACAAUAUUCAAGGCCAUUCUCGUCCCGGGGCCAAUCCGCGAGAAGGGCACCUCCAAAAAUUAAAACAAAUGUUCGAACUAUUGACACACAAGAAAUGCCAACUGAAAAGACACUUGUAGAAACAAAAGCUGCUGAAGGCUUAAUCACUGACGAAAAUGAAGACAAGGAAGAUGACCAAAUCAUUAUUGAAAAGAACGUUGCUGUUAAAUCCUCAACUCAAAGUAACACCAAUACAGAACAAAAAGGAACUCUUGUCAACAAGCUAAUGGAAAACGAAAGCGACAUUGAAAAGAAGCGCAAUGCUGGCAAGGUACCAAAUGCAAAACCCUCAAAUGAAGAGCCAGUGAAAGGAAUUGUUCUUCAAACAGGAAAGAAAGAAAAGGAUAAGGAAGUAAUCACCACUGAACUUUCGACGUUAAGGGAACAAAUCCAAACACUAAUUUCAAAAGUUAACCCACUUGGUAAAACAAUGGAUUACAUUCAAGAAGAUUUAGAUAGCAUGCAACGAGAACAUGAUAUGUGGAGAAAGGAUGUGGAACUUCAGCGGCAACGACUGAUCGAAGAGAGGUUGAAAACAGAUCAGGAAGUGUCUUCAGUCCAAGCACAACUCAAAGAAUUGGAACAAAAUAUCGUAGACAAACUGGAGAAAAUUAAUUCGUUGAGGAGUACCAUUUUGCAAAAAGACAAACUUUUGGAAACUUUAUUAAGGAAUGUUGUGGCCUAA